AUGGUCGAUGUUAUCUCAAUUGUGCUCGCCAUCGUCUCACUGGUCGGCUCCCUGAUCUCUGCCGGGUUCACGGGAUGGAUAUCAUUCUACAUCGAAGAACACAAGCGCAGCGCUGAAUCCAAAGCUUUGACAAACAAAUACCGAGACCCUCUGACGCUGUCAGCCUUCGACCUGCAAUCGAGGUUAUUUGGUCUCGUGGAUGGCCAUUUACUCGUGUAUCUCCAAAACAACAGCAAAAGGACUCUCGUCAAAUCCUACACGGCCUUUCUGGUAGGCCAAUACUUCUCCUGGGUCUACAUUUUCCGUCGCCAAGCGCAGUUUCUGCGGUUCUCUACGGACUCCAAGAACAAGGAGCUGAAUCGAAUCAUGGACAGCAUCACCAAGGAAUUCAUCGACGACACUCCUAGAGAAAAGCUUUUCAUGCUCUGGAAAGGCCAGCAGAUGGCGAUUGGAGAAGUUAUGACGCUGUGCGAAGACGGUCAGCUGUACUGUAUGGGGUUUGCUCAGUUCACUAAGAAGUACGAAGACGAUGAAGAUUUCAGGCAGUGGUUCAAGUCUAUCGAUGAGGACGUAUUGCUUCUGGACCAAGCCUUGCGAGAAAACAAUCCUGAAGCAGCCAACAAGCUUCGCAGGCUGCAACAUUUGCUCAUCGAUUUGGUUAGCUUGCUCGACAAGGGCAUCAUUACUUCAGCUGGGUACGCUCAGCCAAAAGUCCACGGAGCUCAAAAUUGCAGAUGCAUUGAUUGUCCUGGAAAACGAGCACCUUAUUUUUCAACAACCGAAAAGCAGGCCGGGCAAGGGCAGGCCUGA